CCACCACCCUCGCGACAUGGGCUGCUUCGGAACCGAGCCCAAGCCCGAGAGCGAGCAGAUCCAGAAGAUCGUGGAAUCGCACAAGGCGGAGCUGAGAAAGGUGGAGCAGGAUCGCGAUCGCGAGAGCGUGGAGAACCUGUUCCGUCUGUACGCCAUCAUGGACGUGGACAACAGCGGACGCCUCACCCCCGCCGAGCUCGGCGUCGGGCUCCGCGUGCAGCCGCGCCUGAUGAACACGCUGUGCGCCAACGCCGGGAUCGAGCCGUCGGAAUUCAACGACGAUUACGACGCGAUGAUCGCGGCGCUCGUGAAAAAGAUCGACGCCGACGGCGACGGCGUGAUCCAACGCGGCGAAUUCGAAGCCGCGGUCCGAGGCAUCAUGGCGUUCGACAACGUCGACGUCAACACAGUCGAGAGCGACCGCGAGCAUCAGCUCAAGGGCGCGGCGGAGCGCGCGAGGAUCGAAGCGGAGAGGUCCGGGGGAUACGUCGGGCUCGCGGACGCGGAAGAGGCGCGACGCAUCGGCGAAGCCGUCAAGCUCGGCGGCGUGGCGAUGUCCUUCGACGACGACGACGAGGACGAGGAGACGAAGAAGAAGAAGGCUGCGAUCGCCGCGAAGCGCGCGGAGAAGAUGCGCGCGCGGCUCACGAAGCCGAAAGACGACGCGCGCGGUCUCUCGGACGCGGAGUACCCCGAGGACGCCUUCGAGAAAGCCGUCGCGGUACGGCGGCAUGCGCUCGAAGCCGCGCGCAACGAGGCGCGCGCGAAGGAGCGCGACGCGCGCGGGAAGUUUCAGCGCGCGAUGAGACAUAACAGGAAUCUCGCGAGCACCAGGCACGAGACGAAGCUGGAGCUCGGGGAGAUCGUGAGGAAGAAGGAGACGAACUCGGACGGCGAAGAGACCGAAAUCGACGAGUACUACGACAACUACGGAGACUACUACGAUGAAGACCUCGAAGACGAGAUGACGCAGAUCGACGCGCGGCUCUUCUUCUUGCGCGGGCGCGCGACGGCGAAGUUCUUCGCGGACCACGGCCUCGCGUUCGAGGACGCGUACGACGUCAGAGCGAACGACCGCGCGCUCGCGGAGCUCUUCGUGAGAGACGCGAGCGCCGUCGCGGCGUACGACGCGAUGCAAACGUCGGGCGUCUUCGCCGUAGUCGUGGACGCCGUGAAAGCCGCGGCGACAUACGAGGGAAGGACCGGGCUGACGCCGAACCCCGGGGCGUGGUCCGCGGCGAACAGAGAGAUGAAGAAGGCGCGCGACGCCAGGGAGGGCGCGUUCGUUGAGAAGCUCAAGGAGGCGGGGGCGUUCGCCGCGCUCGUGGAGGAGAAGGCGAAGGCCAAGGCGAAGGAUAUCGAAGACGGGGAAUACCGCGAGUGGGACGAGGACUGGAUAAAGGAGAAUUACCAAGUCGCGUACGAGGUGGAUAAGCUUAUGUACGACAUGGACGGGAUCUGCGCGAAGGACGCCGGCGUCGCGCGCGAGUUCGAGGCGCUGUUGAAGACGGAUCUGGAGGAGCGGAUCUUGAAGCUUCCGUUCGUGCGCGCGGCGUGA